AUGAAUGCAAGAAACUAUUCUCCUUCCAAUACGACAGCCAACUCCAAGAAGAGUCUUGUUGUGACCAUUCAGCAUCACGGUGACAGCAACAACGAUGGCUGGCUGGAAGACUGCAGACAACCGCCAGCCAAAAGCUUUCGGUCUUUUGGAAGCAUCCGAAGACAGCUUGGACACCGCAAGAAGGUGUUGCAGCAAGAAAAGGAACAGCGAGAGCUGAUGGAACAGCCACAAAACGAUUCCACCGAAGAAGUGGAGCAUGAACUUGGCAAGCCCUUCUUGUCUAGUUUUACCAGGAGUCAUUUGCGCAAAAUUCGAAAUAAAUGGAAGGUAGAAGAAAGCGAGUCCAUCGUAUUCAGCGAUGACGAGAAUGUCAUAACUGACGAUAUUGAGCCAAACUCCUCAAUGAAUCAAAUGCAGGAUAUGGAAGUUGGCUCAACUUGUACGAAUUCAAAGCGAUGGAAGAAGAAGAAAGAUAAAAAGAGAUGGUUAUCUCGUGUCAAGAAUCGUGCUUUGACAUUAUCGGGUAAGCCACAUGUCAGUCUUGGAGGGACCACCAAGGGAAACAACAAGAAGAAAAACAGAAUCACGGUAGGAAACAAAUUGAAAACCAAGACGAAGCCUGCGUCGGAGGAACUGAGAACUUCCAUCACACGGCCUUCGUCCUCUUCUCUAUCAAGCUCAUUGGGACAUGCUAGCGCCUUGCUGCCAACACCAAGACGCCUACAGAGUCAGGAUGAGGAAUACGAAGUAUCAUCCGCAGAUCGUGUCGCGGUGGGAUUGGAUGAGGAAUUACUUCAAGAGUCGACGAAUGGGUUCCUUCCUUCGCUGCCCUAUCCCAAAGGAAUUUGUCACAUGGGGGAUAAGGCUGUGAGCCAACCCAAGGUACAUCUUCAGACCGCCUAUACUCCAUAUUGCUACAGCAGCGACGACGAUAGCUAUCGUCGGGAGACACUGUACCCGAAACCACGCCAUCCGUCAGGAGAAAAAGCGACGGUGCGACUUAUUGGGCGUGCCACUGCCAGCUAUCACAGUGAAUUUUCCGAUGACUCGUCGAUGGGAUCUAUAGCUUCCAUCGUAGUGCGGAUGGACGAAGCGUCGUCGCGCUACAGUAGGGAUUCUUCUGGUUUUGCUGGAUUGUUGAGUCAGCAAGGUUCAUUACCAGACGAAGAGAAGGGCAACAUUCGAAUUGGACGCACCAUCGUCGGAAUUUUGGACUCCGACGCCCAAAGUACAUCGUCAAUUGAGUCUUCAAUGGAGUCAAUUCCCGUUCUUCUGAUGGACAGCGCACUGCCUUGUGAUAUUCUCCAUAUCGAUGGAGAGCAGGAUGCCAGCAAAUGCGAUUCAUUCGUGCCGGCAGCAUCCGGAAACGAGAAAGCACUGGAUGCCAAAGUUGAAAGUUCUGAUCCCAAUCAAGAAGAGGAAACUGACGAGCAAGAUAUCCAUCACUUGAAUAUUUCCUUUGACAGCAUUCUGUCACCUAGCAGUUCGAAGCAACAAAGACAAGCGCAUCACUUCCAUCCACAGCAUGCCGCAAAUGAUUCAUCUCCUCCCGUAUCACCAAUUCAACCAACAAUACUCGAAGUUCAGUCCUACGAUGAGGCCUUCCGAGACCAUCUGGACGACAUUCCCGUCCAAGAAAACAAAAAGAGCUCCAUGAUUCGCAAGCUACUUUCGUGUGGUAGUGUCAUCAACACCACCAGAAUUCCGUCCAAACGCAAAGCCUUAAAAGAAAAGGCCAUUAGCUUGAAGCGGAGAAUCACACAGAAAAUCACUAGCAAAAACUCAGUGGAGGCCAAUGAAAAUGCUUCAGCAUCUCCAACAACAAGCUUGUCGUUUGCUUCCUCACCUAUCAGUUCAACGCCAGGAUCACCGUCUAGUGGAUCUAUGGUGUCGGGGCUAUCUCCUGAUCGAAUGAAUGAAAACACCAGGACAACGUCCCCUCCUCGAAGCAUCAGCGAGAACAAAGAGGAUAUUUUCACAACACCCGAACAUACCAAAAAUAGAAAGCCCUUUGAUUACCGACGUCCCGCCCCCACUGGACCCAGGGAAUGCUGCCGAAAGCAAUCUUCUGCAAGAAAUGCUUCGGUAUCAUUGAUUUUGGAUUCCUUCGUGAGACUGACCAAGAAGAAUCAUCAACGAUCUGCACGUCGAACACGUCGAUUCAGACACGCAAUGUCCACAUUGCGAGGAAAGAAGCUCCCGAUGCUGAUUGCCAUUGGACUCGCAGCUCUGUGCCAAUCCAUAUUGACCAGUUUGGAUGCUUCAAAUUCAUUGAAUAUGCUAUGUGGCUCGUCCAACCCAUUGGUGUACGGAUUUACUCUUGAUGCCAUUAGUUUGACUAGUUUUGCUCAAUCCAUGAUAGCUCAAGGAUAA